AUGGGACUGCGUGAGUUUAUAAAAGAUUAUUUUCUUAGUUUCUGGGACUAUGAAACCCCAAAGGUGAUGGUAGUUAAAAACAGAACUCUUGGAAUCAUAUAUAGGGUAGUACAGUUUCUUGUGAUCACCUAUUUCAUCUGGUACGUCUUCAUAAGUGAGAAAGCAUAUCAAGAGAGUGAAACCCGUCCAGAGAGCUCUGUUUACACCAGACUGAAAGGCGUGGCGAUUCAGGGCAACCAUAUCUUGGACACCGUGGAGUAUGCUCGACCUCCAGAGGGUGGUGAUGUGAUCAGCACAAUACUGAGACGUGAAGUCACUUAUGAUCAGAAGCAAGGAGCCUGCGCUGAGCAUUUCUCUGUUGCCAAGGCCAACUGUACAACGGAUUCUGACUGUAUCGCCGGAGAGGUUGAUUUUGCUGGCCACGGCAGGAGGACGGGGCGAUGUGUGCCAUACUACAACCAAACCUUUAACACCUGUGAGAUCCAGACUUGGUGUCCCAUUGAGGAGUUUGCCGCUGUACGGGAACCAGCAUUGGAGGAGGCCAUCAAUUUCACAGUAUUUAUUAGGAAUUCAAUCCACUUCCCCAAAUUUAAAGUGCUAAGAGGAAAUAUCAAAGACUCGUCAAACAGACGCAACAUGCAGAAAUAUCUCAACAAGUGUCAUUAUGACAAGGAGAAAGAGCCAUACUGUCCCAAGUUUCGUCUGGGCUACAUCGCGGAGCGAGCACGGGAGAAGUUCAGCGAGCUCUGCAGGACUGGAGGAGUGAUUGGUGUUUUCAUCAACUGGCAGUGCAACCUCGACCUGGACCCCUCAUACUGUAGGCCCACGUAUUCCUUCCGACGCCUUGAUCUGCGAAAGGAUCUGCCCAGCUCUGGUUACUACUACAGGUUCGCUAAGUAUUACAGCAAGAAUGGAGUAGAGUCUCGGACGCUUAUCAAGGCCUAUGGUAUUCGUCUGGAUGUCAUUGUUUAUGGACAUGCGGGUAAGUUCAGUCCCAUCCCAACCAUCAUCAAUGCAGUGACAGCUAUGACAUCGGUUGGAAUUUGUUCAAUUAUUUGUGACUGGAUCAUGUUGACUUUUAUUGACACGAAUGCAGUCUACAGUGAGAGAAAGUUUGACAAUGUUAGUAAGGAUCCAAAAAAGCCCAUUUCAACAGAGUUCACAAUCAUCAGCUAUGGCUCAAACCAUUCAGACCUUUCAGAGGGUGUUCCGCUGUGACGCUGCCAGGCCAGGCCACAUAUGUACCGUAUAUUCCUCUAACAAGAGAUUCGGGCAAGGGCAACAACUCAAGACUGUUUGCUCAGGUGUCUUGCAGAGGCCCUGUGAUGAAAAAUAGAGAAACAGAAAUAGAGCCAUAGACACUGAGGGAUCCUGCAGAGCUGACACUGGCCUGUGGAGCGGAGUCGAUGUGUAUAUAACAUGUCAAAUCUUGCCAGUGUAAGGGCCUGAAUUGUACCCUAAUGAAUAAAUUCUACUUCUCGCUCAACUGACUACGAAAAAUUGUGUCAUAGAACAAGACCGAGUACACUCUGCUGAGAAGCCUAUUCUGCAAACCCACACAAGAUAUGCCAGUCAACCAA